CAUAAAACAUUCUAAAAAAAAACCAUAUUUCCACAUACUUUUACCAUUUUAGUAUCGAAAAAGAAAAGAAAAAUUUGAAGGUAAGGAGAGUAUUAGUGUGAGACUACUGAGAUAGUUUCUCCACAACCCCCAACAAUGGCAGCGGUUGCCACCAACCGGCCCCAAACGCAACCGGAGCCAACUUGGAAACUCGAUUGCCUUUCUCAGAUAGAUAUUAGCUCCCUCUCCCAGUCGGAACUCCACGCCCUCUCCCUCUGCUCCUCCUCUGCCUUCGACCUCCACUGCACCGACGACAUCGUCGUCCCCAAAAUCGACCCUGCCACCUUCAACGAAAGCGCUGGCUCUCGCCGCCAGACUUACUCUCGUGCUCGCCGCUUACUGUCCUCUCCGUCGUCGUCGCCCUCCGUCCGCACUGUUGCUUCCGCUGCCACCGGUCAUCGUCGUCGAGUCGCUGGACUUGUUCCGACUCCUAAGGUCUCGCAUAUCCUCGCUGAUGAUCCCGAACGACGUGAGAACCGUUUGAUCAUCGAUCACCUCAAGCGUUUCAUCUCGCAAGACCCUCAAUUCAACUAUGUCGAGUUCUCUCAGCCUUCGUCGCAGAUGGGAAUGGAAAUUGAUUCCGAUGGUGGGCGAGGAAUUUCGAUGUUCGAUAAUGGAUUGGCAUUGACGAAUUUUGGCGGAGAGAGGAAGAGAAAGAGAGGCAGGAAGCCCAAAUUGUUGAAGGUCCAACUGGAAAUGCAAAAUGUGGAGCCUCAUAGUUAUCGAAGUCUGGAGAUGGUGAACAGGAAUGGCGUGGCGGUUGAUUUUUCGGCUUUGGGAAAUGCGGAUGAUCCAUACGGAGAGGAGUUCAGAAGGAGAACAGUGGGUUUGGAGAGCGAGGAAGCGCUUCUAGGGUUUCUCAGAGAGUUGGAUGGGCAAUGGGGAAGUAGAAGAAAGAAGAGAAAGAUUGUGGAUGCUAGUGAGUUUGGUGAUGCCUUACCCAUUGGUUGGAAACUUCUGUUGGGCCUCAAGAGGAAAGAGGGUCGUGCUUGGAUUUAUUGCCGGAGAUACAUAAGCCCUAAUGGACAACAAUUUGUAAGCUGCAAGGAAGUUUCUUCAUAUUUGCAAUCUGUUGGUGGUCUCAAUACCCCGCAUCUGUUGAAUGAUCACAAAAAUGAAAAUAUUCAGGAAGACAGGUCGAUCACUGAAAAUAAUGCAGGUUUGAUCUUUAAGGAAGGAGAGCAGAGACAAGACCUAAAUUUAAGUUCUGCUCUACCCACUCCUACAUCAAAUGAGCAAGAGAAAGAAGUUUCUUUAUUGGGGAUUGAGAAUCUUGCAGAGGUUCAGAUACAUGCCCUCUUUGAAUGCCACAAGUGCAGUAUGACUUUUGAUCAGAAGGAUGCAUAUUUGCAGCACCUUUUGUCCUUUCACCAAAGGACUACUAGGAGGUAUAGGCUUGGUUCAUCUGUUGGAGAUGGAGUGAUAAUUAAAGAUGGAAAAUACGAAUGCCAGUUUUGUCAUAAAGUGUUUCUGGAACGUCGACGCUACAAUGGUCAUGUGGGGAUACAUGUAAGGAAUUUCGUGAGGAAAGUUGAAGAUGUGCCCGGUUCAAGUGCUCAAGAGAAAAUUGAAGAGCCAAGCACAGAAGACUUGCCUGCAAGGAUUUCUAAAAUGGAUGCUUUAGUAGAAAUUGCACAGAAUUCAAUACUAGAAACUUCUGUGGGACAUGACGAUGGAUCAAAAGGUGACUUUGCUCCUGAUAAUUCUCUUGCAAUUUUAAGUUCGGAAUUUCCUGUUUUGAAUCCCGACCAUGAAAUGAACACGGUGUAUCCUCAUAGCGAACCUGAUCUUGAUGAUUGCAUGAUCGACCAAGAUCAUUUGGAUCGUCAAGAAGAUGAGCGUGUGUUCAGUGAGGGAAUUGGGAAAACUGAUGGUGCUUGUGAAAUUUUAGACAAUAAGAUGGAUUCAGUACCAGAUAAUUCAACUCUUCUUGCUACUAGAAAGCUAGAAAAUAAUGCACCUGAACAUUUUGUUCAGGAAGAUAAUUCAGUAUUUAACUUUAAUAGAGUAGAAAGACCUGCCAUGGGAAAGGUUAAAGAAUGUGAUAGUAUUUGCAAUGUUGAGAAUGAAGCAAAAAUGGAUUAUGGCAGCACCUUAGAGCACCUGAAGCCUGUUGAAGUAAAUGCUUCCAAGAGUAACACACUUGAAACUGACACUGAUAUUAAUAUAGAUGGUCCAACUAAUGGCACUGCAAUAGAGAAUAUACAACAAUGUUCCGAAGGAAAGGAACUGCACCUUGAGGUUUCCGAGUCUUCAACAUCCAUGCCUCAACCAUUACCUUGUUUUUCCUCAUUGAAUGAAACGUCAGAUAAGAGACAAGCAAGUGUAACAGGAUUUGAAGAGCUGAGGCUGGAAGAAAUAGAGCCUUUGCAGUACAGUUUUACUGGUGACCAAGAUUCUUCCUUGCAGGAGGUGCCAAUAGAAUUGGAAGGUACUGUUGAGAUUGAAGGUGCGUUUGGUUCCUCUGUUCAUUUUGAAUCUGAGGAAGUGAUGUUAAACAUGACUGGAACUCGAAGAGAUCAGCUUACUGCAUGUGUAUGGUGUGGGGUAGAAUUUAAUCAUAAUACUCUUGACUCUGAAAUGCAAUCAGAUUCUGUUGGCUUUAUUUGUCCAUCAUGCAAAGUAAAAAUAUCAGGGGAAUUCAAUGAAUUGGAUAAUGGAUCGCCUGUUAAUCCUCACCCACUUUAAGAAAAGCUAGUUCUUAAGCCAGGUUUAGUUGAAGUGCUACUGACUUUUCCUCAUCCCCUUUCUUCCUGUUGCUGUUGAUCUGAGAGGAGAAAUACAACUGUGGGUUCGGUUCGAGUCCAAUAGAUCGUAGGGUAUCUAGGUUUGUCUUUGAUAAUUUUGCCUGUCAGACUCAUCAGUUACAAUUUUUUGUGAUGAAAACAAAAAAUGCCCAAUCGGUGUAUUUAUAUGGUGUUUUUUUUUGCUUUGUUUUUAUGUUUUAAUUAG